UCCAGGGAGUCAAGUGUUUUCAUUUCCAGGUCACACUUCCGGGCAACACGACCACACACUUCUGCGAGCACAAGCCGUUGGAGCAAACAACAAAGCCCUUGCGUUCCUCGGGCCAGACGACACAAGCCUUCAUGCACCGCCUUGCUUCGGAUUCCACAUCACGCCGCUCGUCUCAGUUGUGCCCAUGAGCCCACACCUUCCUCGCCGGCCCUCAACGCGCCUUUGAGGAGAGCUUGCCGGAGAGCCUGCCUGCACGGAGCCUGCCGCCAUGCCUUCUGCAAUCGACAGCGAGCCUAGGGUCGCGCAGGUCUCGAGCGUCGCCACGCUCCUGAACGAGGCACUCGCGCACGCCCGGCUUGUCAAACCGUCGACCUCGAUCGAGCCGGCGUUGACAGAGAGCAACUUUGAAGGCCUACUGGCAGCUCUGCCACAAAUCUUUGCAGACUCGGAUUCUGUCGCAUCAUCAUCGGACAAGGCUCGCCAGUUCGCCAUUGUUGAGACAGCAGCACGCAAUCUGUUCAGCAGUCUCGUUGCAAACACCCAGAUAGACGCUCCUGAGUUCGUGCAAGUCUGGAACUUUUUCGACAUUCUGUGCGUCCUCUCCGAUAACGAACAAUGCGACCCUGCACUGCUUUGCUGGCUCGUGGAGGAGCUUCUGGAUGCACAGACCAUUGAUGGGUGCCGGAGGAUAUUCGACUACCUCGAAUCGCGCAGGGAGCGCAUAAUAGCCAAAAACCUCAAACAGAAGCAUCUUGUGAUACUCAGAACCUGCAAUGAGCUGCUGCGGAGGCUGUCCCGCGCCGAGGACGCAGCCUUCUGCGGACGAGUGUUUAUCUUCAUGUUUCAGAGUUUCUCCCUCGGAGACCGCAGUUCUGUCAACCUACGGGGAGAAUAUCAUGUCGACAAUGUCACGGCCUACGAGGCUAUACCCGAGAAGAACGGACUCGCCAACGACGAGAUGGAAGUGGAUGAACCCAGUUCCGAUAACCAGACAGAGAAGGAGGAUAGGGAAUCUGUAAAGCCAGGGCCGAAGGCAGUCUCAUUCGAUGCAAAGAACAAGCCCGCUUCUGAGAAGCCCCUUGACACAGACGGCCUCUACCCGGUAUUCUGGUCGUUACAGCAUCACUUCAGUCAGCCUUUGACACUAUUCGACACGGCCGAGUUCGCAAAGUUUCAGGCCGCUUUAGGAACCACCCUCACAGCCUUCGAAACAGUCGACAAGAUGCAACGAUCCACAAAAUCGUCAGAUGAGACCAGAACAAUGGCACAGAAGCGGAAACAUCCAGAAUCGGCAGAAGAAAGAGACGGUAGCACUUACAACCCGAAAUAUCUGACUAGUAGAGAUCUUUUCGAUUUGGAGAUUGGCGAUCUUUAUUUCCGACGGCAUAUUCUAAUUCAAGCUCUGAUUGUCAUGGAGUUUCUGGCUUCUCUCACACCACAAGCAAAGGCAAAGAUUUCUGGAAUCAAGGCGCCAAAUAAAUCUGUAGUCUAUGCAGACCACACCCUCGGAGAGGAAGACGCAAAAUGGGUUCGAGCCAUGAAGGAACGCAUUACUAGCUAUUUGCAGGCCGGACCGGACGGUUACUUCUUCUUCCGAGUCGUCGAAAGCGUGCUUUCCCGAGACAAAGGAUGGGUGCGCUGGAAAAUUGAGAGUUGCCCUCCCAUUGAGCGUCCUGCAGUCACCCCGACAGAGUUUCGCGAGGCCAUGGACGGUGCACGGAGACUGGCUACGAACAAACGACUUCGACCAACACCGAUGGGUGCUCUCGAUUUGAACUUCCUUCAGGAGGAAGAUGGCGAGGCGGCCUUGGAGAGACUGAAAGAUGCAGCAAGGUGGAAACUGCCUGACCUGGAUAAAUUCAGGGAUAAGAUCGCAUCAGACGAUCUCGAUCUUAGCUUCGCAAGCUCCGAAAAAGAGAAGGCAGAUGUUCUGGAGCUCAAAGCCAGCAAGACCUGGAGAGCGUUCCGCCUAGCCCGACGGGAGAAGCUCGCGAACCUGGAUCAUGUGGAAGAGUGGCAAAAAGUUGACGCCAUAUUCGAAGAUCUGCAGUCUCUAGAAGGGAGAGACGCCAAUGAGGACGAGGAGAAGGAUCCGUUGCCUGAAGACAGUCAACCUGUUAUCAUUGUCGUGCCCCAAGGACUUGACUCUGCAGCUCUAACAAGCCACCUCAUGGAGCUGAAGAGGGGCGUCUUUGAACGGGUCGUGCAACACACCACAAGAAGUGCACUGGAGGGCGAGGUGCACGGCAAGGACUUCCACUUUGUCGACAUGAAGGCGUUCAACCAGAUUCUCGAUGGCGAUUAUUUUCUGGAAACAAUAAGCCGCGAUGGGCACGAGUACGGGACCAACCGGAAGCUUGCCGACGCUCUCAUGGAGGCCAGCAAGGUGCCCAUAAUUGAGCUGGACCGAGAGCGCGCAAGCAAUGCAAAAGACAUGGGCUAUCGAGCUCGCUACGUAUUCGUGGCGCCCUCGAAUGUCGAAGAUCUGGAGAGCCUCAUCAAGACGGGUGGUAUUGACGACGACACAAGAAUACAGGGACUCGUGAAAGCCGCCCAGACAGAUGUGGAGCACUCGAAGACGGAAGGAUUCUAUGAUAUGGUGAUAAGUCACGCAAGCACGGAAGACGCGGCCAAGGAGCUGGAGGCGUUCAUCUACGGUACCACGGUGGAGGCCAGUGACGGUGCGAAUGGCGUCGAUGAGAUCGGCGCCGUUCCGAAUGGGACUGAGGAAGACGCCACGAUGGGCGAAAGCGAGGCAGCGCCAGUGGCAGAUGAGACGCCACACGAUUCUGGCGAGGCUCAAGAACCGCCAGCGUCUCAAGCGUGAUAGCCAAGUUGGGCUUUGGAAAGCGUCUUGCGGUCGGCAUACCUUUACUUGCAACGAAAAUAUAAAGACGCUGCAAGGCAGUUGCAAACUCCACAUCACUUAGAAAAGUCAGCCAUGCACUCUUUCGAUCAUGGUUAACAAAUCGCAAACGGGCUGACCACCCGAGGCUUUAUGUGAGAAAUGGACCAGGCUAUGAACGCCCAAGAGUACCAACCAGUGAACUGGAAAUACAAGGAGGGGAAAUAGACAGGGCGGCACGAGGCGGGGAAAAAAACCACUCGCCUCCCUUCCACGGCAGGAGAUGAUAGAACGGCAAAAGAGAAGAAAGUUUCCAUCUCCGAAUCGGGGAAUCGAACCCCGGGCUUGACGGGACAUUUCAGCCGGAUGUACUGAGUCAUACACAGGCAGGAGAUGAGAGCGUCAAAUGUUAGCCACUACACCAAUUCGGAU